CCAAAAAUUUAGGGGUCAUACGCGGUUUGGCCUCUAAAAACCAAGAAAAUUAAUUUGAGCAAUUGACCUCCAUUAUUUUUCUCUCUAAUUUGGAAACAAAAGAGAGGAGAAGUGUUUGUCCAUGAGAUAAGUUGGAUUAACCAAUUUCCCAGUUGACUCCAGAGCUUGUCCAUCAUAUCGUUCCUCUUUUGCUCUGCACGUUAUACGAGUCUUCUUUAUCAAUUUUCCUACACGUAUUACUACCUUAUUUUAAUUAUAAUAUUAAUCUUAAUCCUGAAUUCUUGAAUGCUCUUGUUCUUCUUCCUCCUCCUACAUUCUUUUAAUCAUAUCUAUUAUUAUAUUAUUGUCAUUCAGCGAUUUUUUGCGUCAGCAAAUAAUAUUUCUGGUUUUUCAGUUGUCAAAACCAAGAAAGUUGACCUGGUACAAUCAUUAUUUUAUUUCUUAUGGUUGCCUUUUUCUGCAAUCUUGUAUAAAACUUGUCAUCGCUCACUGGAAAUGGCCAUUGGGGCAUGUUUUGGCGUGCCUCCAUUCUUUUCUCGCAGGAAGCAUAGUACUAUAUUUGAGGACGAAGACAUGAAAGAGACAAAGAGAAGCCCUAUUAUUGAAAAGAAGAAAACACCUCCCAUAGCAGUAUCAAAAAGUUUUAAAUCCAAAGGUUCCACGGUUCGCAAUUCAUGUAGAGUAGCAGGUAACUUCAUAAUAAUGACUGAGCUUCGGAACAAGAUCCUAACCUUGAGAGACUUGCUUGACUUGUCCCCUUGUAUUGGCUCUGCAUCUGUAAAUGAGCUGCUCAUUUUGACGCUGAAAGAUCUGCAACAACUGUAUCCUACAAUCAAUCCAUCUAUUUCUUUGUCAAAAAUUGAUGAAGCACCGAUGCAUCAGGCUCUGCAAUUCUUUUUUGAUACCCUGAUAUCAAUUGGGGAAAUGUGGACAGGCAAUGAUGAGUGGAUGGCCAAAUGCAAGGAGGAUUCAUUCAAUAAACUAGACAAUUUGGAACACUAUGGAGUGUUAUUGCUCGAUGACAUGAUUAAGCUAGCCAGUGAAAGGAUGUUCGAUAUGAUCGAUGCGGAUGCGGACGAGGACGAGGAUGAGGAUGAGGAUGAGGAUGAGGAUGACCAGAUAAGAUAUGAACGUCCAUCAUUCAACACAUUUGGGAGGGUUCUUUCUGAAUCUUACUCAAGCGCCAAAUCCUCCCUCUCGAGCACUCCGGUGACCCCAACUUCAGUUCUCCCUGAGUUAAUGAGCAAGAAGAAUACAAAGGCAUCAUAUUCUCCACCUCGUCUUCUGCCGCUCAGGGUUCAAGCAGUUGGCAAGCUGAAUCCUAUUGAUAUAAAGCGCCUCUCUUUCCAUAUGUUCCCUCAUGUAGCAGCUCAAGAUUCAAAUUUUGUGGUUCAAUUAACUAGCACAGUCAAUGAACGAAAGUCAGAUGUAGAGGCAAAGAAAGAUUCUGAAGUGAAAGCCAAAGAUGAUAAGGAAUUUGGGCAAGAGUGUGAAAUGACCGACUUGCCAGAUAUUCUAUUGACUAGCAUGGAUGAUGAAUCAGAAAAUAAAGGAACAUGUCAUAAUGGUGCCAAAAGUAAUCAUCCAGUCUCAGGGCAUGUUACUUUGGAUGUGCUUUUACCUCCUCCUUCACUUCCUGAAUCGCAAGCAGAACAAGAAGCAGAGCCACAAUCACCACUCACUUUAUCAUUAAAUGUCAUAGACUCACAAAAACCAACAUCUACUCUGCAGAUUUCUUUGCUUACACCAGAUAAAGACAUAUCAACACCAUCGACUUGUGCACCAGCAGCAUCACAACCACCACCUCCACCUCCACCUCCACCGGUACCCAAUUCAUCAGGGAAUGCAGAAGGGUCACAGCAUGCACCAUUGCUAGCACAACCAAGUGGUGCUCCAUUGCCUCCUCCUCCUCCUCUACCUCCAAUGACAUCAGCCAAUGUAGCGACACCACAACUGCCUGUGAAAGCAAUAUCUGCACCUCCACCACCACCACCUCCUCCCAUGACAAGAAAAGAAAUAACAUCUCCACCUCCACCUCCACCUCCACCACCUCCCAUGUCAUCAGUACAGAGAGUGGCACCUCCCCCGCCCCCACCACCUCUCAUGACAUCAGCAAAUGUAGUGGCACCUCCCCCACCCCCACCACCUCCCAUGACAUCGGGAAAUGUAAUAUCAGUUCCACCUCCACCCCCACCUCCCAUGGGAUCAAAGGUUACUGCACCUCCACCCCCUCCUCCAAUGGGAUCAAAGGCUAUAGCACCUGCACCCCCACCUCCACCAAUGACUUCAAACGGAAGAAUGCCAGCACCACCUCCACCCAUGCCAAUGGGAAAAGGAGCUGCACCUCCACCACCACCAGGGUUUGCAGGUGCCAGGAACCUAGGACCUAGGAAAGCAGCCACUAAAUUGAAGAGAUCAUCACAAAUGGGAAAUCUUUAUCGACUUCUCAAGGGCAAAGUUGAAGGAUCUAGUUUAGAUGGUAAGUCAAAGGGGAGAAAAGGAAAAGUUGGUGGUAGUGCACCAGCAGGAGGUAAGCAGGGAAUGGCUGAUGCUUUAGCAGAGAUGACAAAGAGGUCAGCAUACCACCAACAAAUUGAAGAGGAUGUUAGAGUACAUGCAAAAACAAUCAAGGAGAUGAAAACAGCUAUUACCUCUUUCCAAACAUCAGAUAUGUCUGAGCUUAUUAAGUUCCACAAAACUGUAGAAUCCCACCUUGAGAAACUAACGGAUGAAUCUCAGGUGCUAGCAAGGUUUGAAGAAUUCCCUACCAAGAAGUUGGAAGCACUGAGGAUGGCCGCAGCACUUCAUACCAAGUUAGAUACAAUAGCCAAAACUCUACAGAAUUGGCCAGUAGCCCCACCCGUUGGACAACUUCUUGACAAAGCUGAGAAUUACUUCAACAAGAUCAAAGGAGAAAUGGACACACUGGAACGGACAAAAGAUGACGAAUCCAAGAAAUUUAAGAGCCAUAAAAUCCACUUUGAUUUUGGCAUUCUUGUGCGUAUCAAAGAAUUGAUGGUGGAUGUUUCCUCAAACUGUAUGGAACUGACUUUGAAGGAGAGGAGAGAAGCAAAGCAAAAGGAAAAUGAAGGAGCUGGACCCAAAAAUGAUGGUACUAAAAAGGGAUCAGCUAAACAUCUAUGGAAGGCAUUCCAAUUUGCAUUCAGAGUCUAUACUUUUGCUGGUGGGCAAGAUGAUCGUGCUGACAUGUUGACGAGGGAAUUGGCUUCAGAAAUAGAGACAGAUCCUAAUCCAGAGGCAUAAAGUAUACAUUCAUUUUCUCCAAAAAAGAAAAACCCAAAAAAAAAGAAGAUCACUAUAGGUGUCAAUAUAUAACGGCAUUAGCACAUAUAGACACUUUUGAGAGGUUUGAGCAAUUAGCAUAAUGAAGCUUUGCCUGGCAGGUGUUCUCUAGAUGCUUCUUGCGCUGUGAUUUCAUACAUCUACUAUGAGAGAAUUGCUAAACAUUAUAUCCUUUUAUGUUUGGAGGACGGGGAGCAGUGAGCUAAACUCUAGCUUUCCUCCACCACCUGCAAUACAUACAAUAUCUAUUACACCUUUGUGACUGGUUUUGUAGAAUGUACAUAACUCCGGAUUGUCUUUUUACUUUCAGAAUUAGAAGUAUACAUGUCAAUGCUUGCCUA